AUGCGCCUUCUUAAGAGUCGCUCAGCAGGCGGCGGCUUCGAGCUGAUAUCUUUCAGCGACGACCUUGCUCCUCCGUACGCCAUUCUCUCGCACACCUGGACGGACGGCCAAGAAGUUACAUACAAUGAGCUGUUAGCGGGAGCAGGCGCAGACAAGCGCGGCUAUGCUAAGAUCCGCUUCUGCGGCGAGCAAGCUGCAGCAGACGGCCUCGAGUACUUCUGGGUGGACACCUGCUGCAUCGACAAGUCCAAGAGCGACGAGCUAAGCACAGCAAUCAACUCUAUUGUCGAGUUCUUCUCCCAGGACGGCAAGCGGCUAGGCAGCAGGAUCUCGCUAGAGCAGGAGAUACACAGCAUUACUAGCAUACCUAUUAAUGCGCUAAGAGGCCAAAAGCUCACUGAGUUCAGCGUCGAGGAGCGAACAGGCUGGGCGGCGAAACGCACAACGACGGUGGCAGAGGACAGAGUAUACUGUUUGCUCGGCAUCUUUGGCGUCUUCCUGCCGCUCAUAUAUGGUGAGGGAGAAGAGUAUGCGACACUGCGUCUCAAAGAAGAGAUUCAGAAGCGGCAACAAAGACGGGAGAAUGUAGUUGUGCAAGACCUGUCCGGUGUGUAUUGA